AUGGCAGCGAAAUCCGAUGGUCGCGGGGUCGUCACCGGUUUCGCCCAGCUGCACAACCUGGACGAAGUGGUGGGGACGGGAGAGGACGACGCACGGGACGGCAGCUCCUUCCACAUCUGCCACUGCUGCAACACUUCGUCAUGCUAUUGGGGCUGCCGGAGCGCCUGCCUGCAUUACCUCCGGAGGAAGGGGAGAGGGAAGGGGAGGGAUGCGGGGAGACCACCACGGGAGGAGCGCCUCUGGCUGGACUGCCUGUGGAUCGUCCUGGCGCUGCUGGUCUUCUUCUUGGACGUGGGCACCGAUCUGUGCCUGGCCGCCGACUACUACCACAAACGGAAAAUAAUGUGGUCAGGCUUGACCCUGCUCUUUGUCCUGGUGCCCUCAGUUCUGGUCCAGAUCCUGAGCUUCAGGUGGUUUGUGCAGGAUUACACCGGUGGAGGACUGGGCUCCGUAGAGGGACUAAGCAGUCGGAGGGCUACGACUAGUUACCAGAGGGACAGAUGCUGUCGCCUUUCUGUCUGGAUCUGGCAGACCAUCAUUCACAUCUUUCAGAUGGGACAAGUGUGGAGGUACAUUCGCACCAUGUAUCUUGGGAUACAAAGUCACAGACAGAAGGAGAACCAGAGGCAGUUUUAUUGGGCUAUGAUGUACGAGUAUGCUGAUGUCAACAUGCUGCGACUACUGGAGACCUUCUUACAUAGCGCCCCUCAGUUGGUGCUUCAGCUCUGCAUCAUGAUCCAGAGCAACAAGGCUGAGUGGCUGCAGUGUCUUUCUGCCAUGUCCUCCCUGCUGUCCCUGGCCUGGGUGCUAGCUUCCUACCACAAGCUCCUCCGUGACUCCCGUGAUGACAAGAAGAGCAUGAGCUACCGAGGUGCCCUGGUGCACCUGUUCUGGCGCCUUUUCACCAUCUCUUCACGGGUGCUUUCCUUUGCCCUUUUUGCCUCGGUUUUCCACAUCUACUUUGGCAUUUUUGUGGUGCUCCAUUGGUGUGCCAUGGCUUUCUGGGUUAUCCAUGGCGGCACUGACUUUUGCAUGUCUAAAUGGGAAGAAGUACUGUUCAACAUGGUAGUGGGGGUUGUCUACAUAUUUUGCUGGUUCAAUGUACGUGAGGGUCGGACACGUUACAGAAUGGUGGCCUAUUACACUAUUGUGUUGUUGGAGAACGCUAUCCUGACCUCACUUUGGUACGCAUACCGCGAUCCAGCUGCCACUGACGCCUAUGCCUCUUUUGCCAUCUGUGGCGUCUUCCUGUGCUUUGCCUCAGGUGUGGCCUGUAUGAUUCUCUACUAUGGGGUCCUACACCCCAUGGGUCCCCGACUGAGGAUGUUGGCUAGCUCCUGUUGUGCUGAGCUGCUAUGGGGCCUCCCGUUACCACCUGAAGCUGAGCCAAUGGCUCCCACGCCGGGGCCUCGUGGCUCCCAGGCUACCCCUACACGAGGCGUGGCAGGGGAACAAAUGGGGUUAGAUGAAACAGCUACAGACACAUGCCUUCCAGUUUUCCAAGUGAGGUCCACAGAGCCUGUAGAUGCAUCGGGCAGGCCUAUCCCACCUGAGGGCCCGCUUAUUAAAAUAGAUAUGCCCAGAAAACGCUACCCAGCCUGGGACGCACACUUCGUCGAUCGACGACUGCGCAGGACCAUAAAUGUACUGCAGUUUGUUAGCCCCAAUGCGGUGGGCAUCAGGUAUAGGGACGGUCCUCUUCUUUAUGAACUUCUACAGUACGAAUCCUCUCUCUGAAGGUCCUUCCCACAGCUCUAUUCCACCUUUUACUCAGAAUGAUGCACAUGCUUUUCAUUUCUCCUCAGAUGUUACAUUAAAUUUUUUCUCGGGCUCUCUUCAUCACUCCUCAAUAAUCUGAAGGUUUUCCAGUUUUCCUGGACGUGUUUUUUGCCAACCAAAAACCUAACAGAGCAAACUAGACACAGAUUCAAGAAUUAUUUUUUGGAAGACAAAAAAAAAAAAAAAAACUCAUAGUGCAAAGAAAAUUAUGAAGAUACAGUAUUCUAUUUGAUAAGUAUAUAUAAAUGUAUAUGUCUCAGAUAAAUCUCUCUAUACUGAUAUAGGAGGCUUCUAAAUGAGUGUGUAAAUAACAUAUGAAUGUUACAUUCUGAAAUGUGUUUAUGUGUUAUACUGUGUUGGUGAUUCAACCUGUGGAUAUUUGUGAAGGGCAUAUUUUGUGUCUUUUGGGACAUGGGACUAGUGCAAAGCCUGAUGGGAAUGAUGGAGGAGAGUCUCACAGGGCCCAGGUCUUUGCACACCCCAACAUUUACUGCCAUUUUCUUUGCGAGUCAUUGAGAUAUAUGACAAGUAAAAUGUUUACUAAGCCUUUAGGCAAUGAAUUCAAAAUAUAUUCACAGUGAGGUAUUUACUUGAAAAACAAUAAGUCACAAAAUAAUCAUAUUCAGACAUUUAUUUUGUUCAUGCAAAUCAUGAUUUGUUUCAUGAAAAACCCCACAACACAGCUGAAAAUUCACUUAAUGGUAAAUAACAAAAAUAAUCCUCAAUCUAUUUUACUCUCUAACUAUUUUUCUCUUACGGUGCAGACUGCCCUCUAGUGGAGGCAAACAGCAACAGAUUGUUUAUGAAAUAUGGCAUCAGAACAAAAAACUUAUAGAAACCAUUUGAUAAUAAAAGCCAUAAGUCAAAGAAAAGAAGCACAUUACUCAAAUUAUUCAUUAUGGAAAUUGUGACAAGUGUCAUAAUAUGCACAAGUUGAAUACUCUUUUAAGACUGCACAUUGCAUAGACUUAUUUUUUUGUAAUCCAGGUAUUUAUUUAAGAGUAAAAGGUUACAAAUGCAAAAUAAAGUACAGAUUUUUGAAUACAAAGACAGCCCUCAGGGAAUCCUCCACCAUUCCCGUUUGAAUACUGGAGAGUAAAACCUCCCUAUUACUAUUAUUUUGUUAUUAAAAUGUUCUUUAUGUAGUACUAGUACUCACUUGAUAGAUGCAAAGGCUAAUUUAAAACACUGAUUUCAGAUAUUUCUCUGUGAUUAUACUUCACUGUAAACAUUUAUAGUUAUCAGCAUUAUAUUUUUACCAAAAUCCUCUUUUCUACCAUUACCUAAACCUUAAAAGGUGCACUCUCUACCAACUGUGUGCCCUCCAAGAGGUGAUAACCUUAAAAACCGUGUGUGACUGCUCUGGCUCUUGCUGGCAUGUUGAUACAAAGCCAAAUGAAAUCUUAAAGUACUGUCUUUGUAAUUUAUUCACCCCGAUUAACCAGUUGAAUGGGUCUGUGAAGAACUGUGCAAUCCUUACUGGAAUGCUGUGGAGCAAUUAUAAAGUUAAGAAAUUCUCCUGGUUGAUUCUGUUUGAGCUCUCGACCACUUAUACCCCACGGAAAACCACAAUCCUCUCUCCCUAUCUUAAAAAAGGAAACAUAUAUAUAUAUAUAUUUAAAGUAUGUAUGUGUGUCUUCGUGGAACCAUGCCUUCUAAGUCAAAGAAGCUUGACUAAAAAUUCCCACAGAGGGCUACUGAAUAAUUCAAGAGAACAAUGAAUGCAUUUUAAACUUGAUUUCAUAUAUAAAAUGUAGUUUCUAUGUUGUUGUUUUGGGCAUGAUUUUAGCAUAGUAUUAAUACAUUACAAAUGGAAACCAGCAGGUGUUUCCCAAGAGCCCUUUACGACACAGAGAUCCCCCUUUCCUGGCUUUACCAGCAUUAAGCAUAGCUGUGGCAUUGUGUGCCUGCUAACAUUGUACUGUAAAAAAAAAAGCAGAUGCCCUGUAAGUCCCAGGUAAAGAGGUCAAAGAGGGCUUUUGUUUUGUCUUUUUUUGCCAGGGAUGGAAAAGAACAUGAGGACAGGUCGUUCUGCAGGGAUUGAUUAGAUAACGUGCGGUUGUGGGCGUACGCUCAUCCGUCCAUAGACCUUUCCCACGGUGCUGUUCUCUUGCUGAAUGUUUUGCUCCAUCCUUGGUUGCUGCUCCGCCCUCUUCCCCGACUCUACUGUUCAGGGCCUUGGCACACCCCUGCAAAACACUGGUGAAUGAAUGACAGGGCUGAGGCUUAAAUAACAGAUAUCCUGACAUGAGAACUUGCAAUGAGAUACACUGCCAUGACUAAAAGUUUCAAUAACCAAUCCGUGUCUAUCACUUUUCAGCCCUGAGUAUUUAAGGACUGUUGGGUUAGCAAGAGGGGAGGAAACAGUCAGCACACCAGAUUGAUGCUCAUCUUUAUGCAAACAUUUAAGUUCUGUAUAAUUUUAUUAUAGUCAAUGGAGUUGCUUAUCUGCCUAGUGAAGAAACAGCCAUGCUGAUAGGUAGAUAUUGAGUUAUUAAUUAAUAAAUAUUGUAACGCUGAGAAAAAAAAAGAAAAACAAUAGCCAAAUAGAGGUGUUCCUCAGGACUAACAACCAGAACCACUGACAAAGCUGACUCAGGGGUGUCUCAAUGCAGUUCUCAUUCCCAGGCGAAUACUUUAGGGUCUGAAAUGUGUUGUUUGCUUUUUGUAUUCCAUCCUGGGUAAUUCCUUGGCUGGGGUUAUACCUCCCAGUUCCAGAGUGGAUUUUUUUCCUCUAAGAAGCAUUGAUGUUUUUCAUUUACUUUGGCCCUUUUUUAUUCUUUGUUUGUUAGUUAGUUGGCUGCUUGAUAAGCAGUGCAUCCAGUCCUAACACUGCAGAAUUUUUCCAUAGGUGGACACAUGUCCAAAUCAGGUGCAAAUACACUGUGACUCAUCCUUUUUUCCCUGUCUGUUUGUGUCUAGGUGGAAUAACAAAUUAAGAGAUGGGCUUUGGCUGUACAGCAGUAUUAACAUACCUCCACUUAUGAUAUGAUAUUAGACUGGGCUCGAUUUCAUUUUAUGGUAACUGUUGUAUAAUUCAUAAUAGUUAUGCUUGUGUAACUGUGUCAUUAAAAUAGAAGUAAAAGAAAUUUGAUUAAUUUUAAGACUAGAAUGAGUUUAAAUGCACAACUCAAAAAUGUAUGGAAUAUAGAGUAUAUUUUAUGUAUUUUUACCAAACAACCCCCUUCUGCUACAUUCUGUAACCAAUGAUUAGCCAGAUAAUAGCUGAGCGUUAUGUUGGAGGUUUUUGUGUUUCCUAUUAUAUUUCAAUUCUACAUGGCUAUAAAGAUCUAAGCUUUAUAUAAGCUUUUUUUGUUUACACUAGAAUGCAGUAUUUAGGAAGAUACUCAUCAUACCACAGAUAGAUUCAUAAAGAAAACCCUCUACAAAGAUCUCUUUCAGGAUACAUUUUCAAACCAGAACUCCUGAUAGCAGCAACACACAGCAAGAGCUUCUGAACUGUAAGGUUGUUUAUCUCAGUCCUUGUUGUGCCUUGUUACUUUGGGUGCUUCAGUCCAGCCUGGUCAGGCAGGUAUAAACAUAAUGCCAGCAUCUUACUUUACUUUCUUUUCAUAAGCCAUCAUGCUCACCAUGAUGAUCAGAUCAAGCCGGUCAACUUUCAAAGCGCCUUGCAAAAGUAUUCAUACCCCUUCAAGCAGUUUCACAUUUUUCGCCAGACCAGCGUUUUUGUAAGGUGGAUGAAAAAAAUGUUUUAGAACGUUUCUACCAGAUUUUUCAGACUUUUUUUCCCCAACUAUUUAAACUAAGUAGGCUUCAGUUUCACAACUAAUUAUCAAUUGCAUUUUAGGUUUGACCUAGCCAUUCUAAUACACAAAUACAUCUGAUUGAAACUGUUGCAGCACUGGCUACAUUUAUAGUGUUGUCUAAUGUUAUUUUGUCUUUUAAAGGCAUUACCAGGUUUUUCUCCUAGAUGGCCCUAUAUUUAGCUCAUAUAAGUGGUAGUAUGGUGCCACCAUCACCAUGUCUGUUUUGGUCUCGAGGCCAUUUCUUCCAUACGUUUGUUAAGACCUCUACAUGGAUUAUAUAACAGAAGUGUAAUACAAUAUAUUCUCUCGGUAGAUUCUCCCAUCUAAACUGUUGAUAUAGGUGUUUUGUCUGCUCUCUGGUGAAUUCCUUCUUUUCCUGAUGGUUUAGGUGUGCCUUAUGGGAGCUUUUAGUUCACUAAUGUUCUCUAACUGACCUCUACGACAUCCGGAGAUCAGCUGGAUUUAUAUUUACUUCCGAAAGCAAUUGGUUUUAUUUGAAUGUAUAUGGGGAGAAUUUUUCUGUUCUUCCAGUAUUUUUCCUUAGAUGUCAAAAUAAUACAAUACUUUUAGCUUUUUCCCACAUAAAAGCACAAUUUCAAAAAAGUUGAACAAAUAAAAGGAAUGCAUAUUUUUGCAAGGCAUUGUACUGUGGCCCAUGUUUAUUUAGCACAUCACUGCUGUGAAUUCAACAAUUAUUUGCUGAUGCAUGUACCUCUUAUUUCUUGCAGCUGUUUUUUUUUUUUUUUUUUUUUUUUUUUCAAGCAUUUUGAAUUUGUGAAGGAGUUCUUCAGCCAAAACAACAAUUCCCGUGAUUUGGAGGAAGUUUAUGAUAAAAUGUGUAAAAAAAAAAUGAAAAAAUCUGUUGGAUUUUCAGUGAUAAAAGAGGUAGAUCAUUAUAUUAUUUUUAAAUACUCAUAUUUUCUUCCACUUCCUUGCAUGCCUUCCAGGGCUUGUUGUCAGGUGACCCUCAGCUUUUAGCAUGUCAGUACUCAAACGACCUUUCAACUUCUACAUUAAUGUGUAGCAGCAGAUCACUGUAGUGUUUAAACCUGCUUUUAGUCACAACUAUCGUUUUUACUACAAGAAGGGUGUCAUGAUGGUAAAUCAGAGCAUUUAUUUUUCCACUUGUGUUCCUACUGUAUUUUUUUGUCAAUAACCUGGUGCUGGAAAAUUUUACAUUUAAAAAGGUGCUACCAAGGUAGACUGCAGGUUCCAUUUUUUUGGCUUUCCAAGAGCAUUAACCUGCAGCGAAACCGAAAAAAUAGCCUGCAUCACACAAACUUGCAGUCUUAGAAUGCUCUGCAGCCAGCACCUCAAAUCCUCACAGUUUACAGCAGAACUCAACUCUCAAUGGUGCCAUUUUAAUUUUCCAACCUUCACUAAAAAAAGACUACAGUUUCUUACUGCUUGAAUAAUGUUUAUUCUACUGGGUUCAACAUAGAGUGGGGUUUUAUUUUGCAAUAAAUCUGUCUGCACUAGGAUUCUUUUUUUUUUCUCUGAGAGAAUGAAAUUGGCAGAUGACAAAGUGCAUCUUUUAAGCAAAAGCAAAGGAGCACAAAUGUACAUCUGAAACUGGACUUUGGGUUAUAAAAAAUAUAUAUAGAAUGUGAUUGCUGUGUCGUAAGUUCCUGUCACCUAUAUGUCCUUUAUGUGUGUUUUUAUUCUUUCGCUAUUGUAGAAUCGGCUGUAAUAUUUUGUUCAAAACUGAAUUUGAUAUUUCAACAAAGCAACUAUGUCUUAAUAUUGCUGCUAAAUUUUUUGGAAUUGUUCUGAAAAGUGAUGAGAAUUUGGCUUUGUUUAUAUUUAAUCAACUUAUUGAUUGUGUUAGCUUGUUGGUGUGUUCCAUGAAUACUCCAGGGAGGUACCUGAUUUAUCCGGGGUAUUCAAAAAGUUGGUCAUAGAGCUGCUACACGAUGCAGCUUCAUACGGUUAUGGAAAGAUGCAGCCUAUGUUGUGAGACAAAAACAUAUACAAAGGGAUUUCUUUGUUGUUGGUGAAUAUAAAAUGUAAGUAAACUGUUUUAUUGAAUCCCCUUUGUUCUUUGGAAAAAAAAACAAACAAAACUGAUGUCCAGUGUUGUACUUAAACCCUAUUUUUGGGAACAAUAUGAAUAUUAUUAAUAACAUAUGGUGCUAAAGUUCUUUUUGUAUGUUUUGGUUUUUAGAUGAAAAGAGAAAUAUUAUGCUGAAAAUGUAAUGUUAAGCCUUACUGUAGAUUCAUAUAUCAGACUGUUCAUCCCAGAAGAGAAAAAUAAAUAUAGUAUUUGAAAGUGCAA